AUGAUCAAUCAAACCACGAACUUAUUCAGCUAAUUAGCUAAUCAAUAUUUGAAAGGCGAAAUCGAACAAGAUGUGAUUACAGAUCCAGAGAUCCAAAAGGUUGUACAUGGUCUCCAAAAGAAAAGCGAGACAACCAAAAGCAAAACAUUAUCAGAACUCAAAAGUCUAUUACCAAAUAAAUCAUAUGAAUUCUUCGAUUAAUUUACACCUACAUUUGUAAAUAUAUAUAGAAGAUAUGUUGAUAAUGAGUAUGAAAGAAGAGUUUUAGAAUUGGCCAAUUAAGUUUUAUCCAUAAUUUGUGAAUAUGGAAAAAAGUCAUUAUCCAAGAAGUUCAAGACAUUGUUCCCAUAAUGGUUUAUUAUGAUCAAUGAUUACAAUUCAGAAGUACAAAUCUACUCCAAACAUUAAUUAGAUCUCAACAGCUGCUUUGAAUGCCUUUUAAAUUGCUUUCCCAACUAAAGAAAAAUAAACAUAAGCUAUCAAAAUGUGCAGUGAUCAAUACAUAGUCGACUUAAAGUUGUACCUAUCCCUUUCAAUUGCUACAAUCAAAUAAGAAUCCAAUUUAGAAGAUGAAAAGGUUGAUCAUAUCUAUGAGAGAUUGAAAGUAUCAGCAAUUAAUUCUAUUAAAACAGCUAUAUAAUGGAAUCCUGACAAUAACUUCNCAUUUCAUUUUAAGUAUUAUUAAAUACAGUGA